AUGGGAUGCGGGGGAGGGAGCAUAUGCGAGCACGGGCGGGUACGAUCGGUAUGCAAGGGAUGCGGGGGCAGCGCCAUAUGCGAGCACGGGCGACGGCGAUCGGUAUGCAAGGAGUGCGGGGGCAGCGGCAUAUGCGAGCACGGGCGGCAGCGAUCGAAAUGCAAGGGAUGCGGGGGGGCAGGGGCAUAUGCGAGCACGGGCGGCGGCAAUCGGAGCAUAUGCGAGCACGGGCGGGAGCGAUCGGUAUGCAAGGACUGCGGGGGGGGGAGCAUAUGCGAGCACGGACGGGUACGAUCGGUAUGCAAGGGAUGCGGGGGCAGCGCCAUAUGCGAGCACGGACGGGAGCGAUCGGUAUGCAAGGGAUGCGGGGGAGGGAGCAUAUGCGAGCACGGGCGGCUACGAUCGGUAUGCAAGGACUGCGGGGGAGGGAGCAUAUGCGAGCACGGGCGGGUACGAUCGGUAUGCAAGGGCUGCGGGGGAGGGAGCAUAUGCGAGCACGGGCGGCUAUGCGAGCACGGGCGGUCACGAUCGUCAUGCAAGGGAUGCGGGGGCAGCGGCAUAUGCGAGCACGGGCGGCAGCGAUCGGGAUGCAAGGACUGCGGGGGCAGCAGCAUAUGCGAGCACGGGCGGCAGCGAUCGGUAUGCAAGGGAUGCGGGGGCAGCAGCAUAUGCGAGCACGGGCGGGUCCGAUCGCAAUGCAAGGAGUGCGGGGGCAGCAGCAUAUGCGAGCACGGGCGGCGGCGAUCGGUAUGCAAGGAGUGCGGGGGCGGGAGCAUAUGCGAGCACGGGCGGGAGCGAUCGGUAUGCAAGGACUGCGGGGGCAGGAGCAUAUGCGAGCACGGGCGGCAGCGAUCGAAAUGCAAGGGAUGCGGGGGAGGGAGCAUAUGCGAGCACGGGCGGGUACGAUCGGUAUGCAAGGACUGCGGGGGAGGGAGCAUAUGCGAGCACGGGCGGGUACGAUCGGUAUGCAAGGACUGCGGGGGCAGGAGCAUAUGCGAGCACGGGCGGCAGCGAUCGGUAUGCAAGGGCUGCGGGGGAGGGAGCAGGGGGCGCAUGCGAUGA